CAGAAGAAUGUCUUCAAAGAUGAUUACAAUUGUCUCACAGUUUGCGUACAAUAAUCAACCAUUGGCUGAGAAAACGGCAAACAUUUGGCGAGAAUUCAGUGAAAUGUCCGCCAAUUCUGUGUCCAAAGCCUAUCGUGUCAUCGAUUAUGGCUUAACUCGUGAGCAGAUGUCUGGAGUGGAUCUCAAGACAUAUGAAUGCGAUUCCCUUUGGAAGCCAUUCAUCACCUCUGGAACCGUUUACUGAAUUGAUUGAUUGAUUACAAG